CCUGGACUUUGGCCUUCGGAGAGAAGCGCGUCCGCACGGUCUCUGGCUGCAGAUUCUUGGUCCCUGUUGGUGGGCGCCUGGCGUAGCUGUAGAUUGCCUUGGAUGGUGACCUGCGUCUGACAGUCCCAUCAGCUCUUCUCAGCUCUCCUGAGGCCGCAGCUGUCAGCUCCCCUGACCCUCAGCACUUGCCUGGACCACCUGGGGUUUGCCGUGCCCCUCUCCAGCCCAUCUCUGUCCUCUUGUGUCCCGAGUAUCGCUUCUGACCACCCUCCCCUCCUGCACCAUCAUUCCUCCCUUCUCCCCUUCUUUGUAGCAGCUGGUGCCGCAGCCUCCUUCCCCUCUCAGCAUGCUUCGUGGCUGGCGCCGGCGGCAGGGUCCUCGAAAUCCCAUCAGGGCUGCAGCCAAUUAUGCCAAUGCACACCCUUGGCAGGAGAUCGACUGGGCCUCUCCUGGGGCUGCAUACGCCCCCCUAGUGGAUCCCUGGAUUGAGCAACCCUGCUGUGGGGACCCUGUGUGCGUGCGCACAGCCAUGGAGCAGAAGAGCACAGUGAGCGGCGAGGCUACAGCAAGGGAUCCCCCUGCUGUGCGCAUGCCUGGCCCACGACCCCUCAGGGUGGACUUCCACUGGGUGCCGGGCUCAGACCCAGGCACCUUUGAUGGCUCCCCUUGGCUGCUGGACCGCUUUUUGGCUCAGCUGGGCGAUUACAUGUCUUUCCGCUUUGAGCACUACCAGGACCACCUCAGCCGUGUCUGCGAGAUCCUCGGGCGCCUGACAGGCCGAGCUCGGGCCUGGGCCGCCCCCUACCUUGAUGGGGACCUACCCCUGCCUGAUGACUAUGAGCGCUUUUGCCAGGAUCUUGAGGAGGUCAUUCAGGACCCAAACAAUUUUGCUGAAUACCAUGCUGCAGUGCCCUGCCCCUUGCCCCCGGCCUCGAGCCAGCCGCCAGUGGCCCCACAGCUGCCUGUGGUGAGGCAGUACUUAGCUAGGUUCUCGGACGCCCUGGCACUCAACAUGGGUGCCACCCCCAGGCCUGCCCCAGCCGCUGCGGCCAUGCCUACUGUUCCUAGUUCCAACUCUGCACUCAGAAAUGCUCUGCCUGAGCAGCAGCUGGCCGAGGAAAGCAGCCCUCAGCCCGCCGAGCCCCCUGCCUUGUCCAGUUCUGCAUGUGGCACCAAAUCUGUCCUUGUACUUUCAGAAUCUGCUAACUCCCCUGCCCAGAAACCAGAUCCAGCUCAUGCAGGGGGUUCAGAACUCCAGAAGACAGAGGAGGAGGUUCCUGAGGCAGAGGGAGACCAAGGGGCAUCUGUAGUUGGCCCCCAGGGGGCGGUGGGCACCCCGGAGACCCCAGGAGAGUCACCAUUUUCUCCUGUUCUCUGCCCUGCGAUCCUGGAUUCUGAACAGGGUCCAGGUGGGUGCAGCAGUGGCCCUCGUGAUGAAGCAGCUUGCGUAGCCAAGGAGCCCCAUGGCCCCCCAUCAGGACCAGGUGGCAUUGCCAGUCGGUGCUCAUUAAAUGUCUGCUGGAUCCAUGGCUGAGCCUGCGGUGUGGUGACUGCUGACAAGCAGAGCCCGUUCCACUGGCAGGAACAGGGAGGCCAGGCCCCAGCCACGAGGCCCUCAGGUCAGCGUCAUGUGUGUGGUUGGGAGCUUUGAGGAUGGCAGGGCCUGGCUGAGGAUCUGGGCUGACCAGGUGGGAGCGGGAGGCUUGACAGACGGAGUGUGGCCUUGGGAGCGGAGGGGAAGUGAGGAGCAGGGAGCCAUGAGGCCCCAGGGGCCGGAGGCUUGGAAUGAAGAAAGACCUGUUCAGUACCAGGAUGGGUUUUCUAAUAAUGAGAGCGGAGCUGGGGAGCUCCCUCAAGCCAAAUUUCACUCAGAUUGGUCCUCUGCACUUACUCAGAUGAGUGGUUAGACAAGAAUUUCAAGCCCCUUUCAGUUUUAUCAUUGUGUAAAUAAAAAGAGCACCUUCCUGGAAAGUAGGAAGAAGAAAUAAGUGGAAAUGGGAGCUGCAACUAAAACCAGUAAUUUUAGGAAAAAUUGUAGAACCUAGAGCUGCUUUUCUGGGACACAUGGCCCAGUUGACACCCCUGUUAUGUGGCUGGCCGCUGCCCAGGGCUGCCUUUCCGGUCUCCAUUCAGGGGGCCCUCAGCUCGAGGCUGCUGCUUUCCCUUCGGGCCGCCUGCCCCGCUGGGGCUGUUCCUCCCUUGGGCCCCAGGCCGCUCCUGGCCUUGGACUAUAGUGUGACAUAUCUCUGCUGAGGGCCAGCUCUGCCGAGGCAGGCCCAGGGGGAUUUGGGAGGGGCCCGAUGACUUACUUACAGAGUGGGUCUUACUCUGGUUGGGCUGCCAUCACAGAAGGAAAGGAGACGAGGGCUGGGCCUCAGGGGUGAUGGCAAAAUUGCCCGUUCCUGGGUGGCAUCAGGAGAGGACGGAGGGCUCUGGCCUGGCCUGGCCUGGCCUGCCACACAGGCAGUGUGUGUGGUGGUGCAAAGGGACAGCUUCCUCUGGUGCUGUGCUCUGCUUUGGGGAGACGCAAUGACCUAGCUGCUUUGGCACUCUGGGGGAGCAGGACCGCAGAGGGCGGGGAGAGGGGCCCUGCCGUGCUGUGCUCAGGGCAGUAGGGCCAUCGGGGCGUUCGCCACCCCCAGCUCGCCACACGGGCGGCAGCCCUGAGGAGAGUGCCCCUGGGAGCGGCGUGGUCUGGCGGCGUGCGGGCAGGCGCAGGACCGGCUGGGGUGCCAGGCCCGUCUUCUAGAUCGUAUCUCUCUUUCAUGUCCCUUGGGAAUGCUCACCGAUUUCGUAUUCUAAAGAUAGGGCACGGUGGGCACUAUGGGAGGGUUUUCGAAGUACCUGUGUCCAAGGAAAAUUCUAACAUUGGCGUAUUAAGGCAAAAAAGUCCUGUGAGAUACUGAACAUUUAUAAAGUUGCAGUAACAAAGGUGCUCCCUUGGAAAUUGGUGUGAAUGGGUGAACGGAAGAAGAUAGAGAACUUUGGAAUAAAGCCAAAUAAAUGAGGAAUUUAGUUCAUACCAGAGGUGUUUCAAAUUAAUGUUUCAAAUUAAUGGGGUAAAGUGGAUUAUUCAGCAGAAGGAGUUGCAACCGCUGUUUAACUCUCUGGGCAAUAACAACUGGGUGCCUUCCUCACUGUUUGCAGCAGCGUGUGCUCCAGACAAAUUAAAGAUUUCAACAUUAAAAAUAAUUAAA